AUGAAAUUCACCAACGCCGUAAAACACAACAUCAAAAAUAAACUCAAACAUCAAACUACAAAGGCCUCACUUUUGGAUCUGGAAGCGCUAGAAGGAGCGGAGUACUAUCGCAAAUUGGCGGAGUGGCUGGACCGCGCUUCUCGGGUGCUCUUCCCGGAGAUAAUCCCUCUUUACUCCAAACAACCUAAAGCAGGGUCGUGUCCCCUCACUCUUUAUUCGAUAUAA